AGUAAAAUGGCGUGAAAUUGUGUUGCUGCAUAUUGAAAGUGCUUACGAAAAUUUACAAAAAUCAAUUAAAAUAUAAAAUUAAAAUAAUUAAAUUUUUAUAAAAUCACUAAAGUGUUUGUCGCUUAAAACAAAAGUGUAAAUAAAAAAGCUAUUGAAAUGAAAUUCAGCAAAAAAACCGUAGAGAAAAAAUUACGUGACUAGAAAAAAAGCAAAAUGCAAAAACAGCGCAUUAAUAACGCAUUUCUCUUACUACAAACAUAAGAGCGAAAGAGAUGACAAAAAAUACUCCAACAAAAAUAACGCGUAAAGAAAAAAAAUGACAUUUUAACGAAAACGAAGUAAAAGAAGAACGUUUGCGGUGACCAGAAAAAGUUUUCUGAAAAUUUCUAAAAGUAAAAUAAUAAUAUUAAAAAAAAUUAUAAAGUGUAAAAAAAGAAAUUAAUUGGAUAAUUUAUUUUCCACUUGAAAAGCAACAUAUAAACAUAAUUUAUUUGUGUAAUCUGCAAAAACAACAUUUGUUUACAUUCGAAAUCAAAAUUUGAAAAGUUCUAGAUCUAGAACAUUUAGUGUUAACCCGUCAUCAAAUAUAAUUCGUGUUUGUUUUGUUUACGCAUUAUUCAAUAUAAUAUCGUUUAAAGCAUUUUAUAAUGUCCGGCGGUGGACGAGAUUCCACUAGCAGUAGUGGCACCAACAGUAGCAGCAGUGGUAGUAAUGGUGUUUCGUCCUCAGCAGUGGCUACCACUCCUACAUCCACCGGCCAGUCAGCGAAUCAAAGAUCCCGAGGUCGUCCCGCUAAGCGGGCUACAUGCACUUGGUGUGGGGAAUGUAAACAACCAUUGCAAUACGUUUUGCCAACCCAAAAUGGCAAAAAAGAAUUUUGUUCAGAAACCUGUAUAGCGGAAUUCCGUAAAGCCUACAGCAAAGGAGCAUGUGCACAGUGUGACAAUGUUAUACGCGAAGGAGCUCCUAAUAAGGAAUUUUGCUCGUUAAUGUGUAUGAAUAAGUAUCAAAAGAAGAAUGGAUCUACGCGUUCCCUUAACAAUGGUACACGUAUGGAUGGCACAAACAUUGGCAAAAACUUGGGAGGAGGAGGUUCCUGUACGCCUACAGGACCAUUCCAAUAUGAAAGUUUUCACGUUUUUGAUUGGGAUGCUUAUUUGGAGGAAACUGGUAGCGAAGCUGCUCCGCCCGAUUGUUUUAAACAAGCUCUGAAUCCACCCAUGAAUGAUUUCAAGAUUGGUAUGAAAUUGGAAGCUUUAGAUCCGCGUAACGUUACCUCCACAUGUAUCGCCACUGUGGUGGGUGUUCUUGGCUCUCGUUUACGUCUGCGCCUUGAUGGCAGCGACAGUCAAAAUGAUUUUUGGCGUUUAGUUGACUCGAAUGAGAUUCAUGCCAUUGGUCAUUGUGAAAAGAACGGCGGCAUGUUGCAACCACCACUUGGCUUUCGCAUGAAUGCCUCCAGCUGGCCCGGUUACCUCUGUAAAAUUUUAAAUAAUGCCAUGGUAGCACCGGAAGAGAUUUUCCAACCCGAACCGGCCGAUCCGCCGGAAAAUCUCUUCCAGGUGGGCCAAAAGCUCGAGGCGGUCGACAAAAAGAAUCCUCAAUUGAUAUGCUGUGCAACAGUUGAUGCGAUCAAAGACGACCAAAUCCAUGUGACAUUCGAUGGGUGGCGCGGAGCGUUCGACUAUUGGUGCAGCUACAAAUCUAGGGAUAUUUUCCCGGUUGGUUGGUGUGCCCGUAGUUGUCAUCCUAUGCAACCGCCCGGUCAUAAAUCACGCAUGGAUUCCAGUUCGAGUAAACAUCGUAGUCCACGUCAACGUUACGCAUUCAUUCAAGAAACAGAUGCUAUGGUCGCAGCCACACCCGUCACAGCUCAUUUUCAUACCAAUUGCAAAGGCGGUCCCUUCAUCAACAGCUCAAAGCUUCCAUCGAUGGUUACGGGUCCCACUCAUCAGACAUUGUCGAAACUAUGCUUGCAAGAGGUAUUAGCAGCUAGUACGGAUACGCAACAACUGUCCAAGCUACUGUUUGCUCUGGACGGUGAUGUUCACAUUGUCACAGCGGCUGGGAAAAAUUUUACGGUCAAAAUACCGUCACCAUUACGCAUGAACGAUGAUGAAAGUUUGGCACAAUUUAUUGAAACAUUAUGUACAACAUGCAGGGCAUGUCCAAAUCUAAUUUCACUCACACCAGACACAGAAGAUUGUGAAAAAUGUGCAAAUACCAAGAAACGGCCAAUAACACAAACUGGGGACUGCUCAUCGGCGGUAGUACCAGAAAAACGUAGUAAAACACCUGGAAGUGCAGAGAAAAUCAACAUUAAGCAAGAAGUGGCGACAUCAACGACCACAGCCAAUACAAGUGUAGACAAUUUCGCAAACUCGAACAACACUACACAAGCAACAUCUACAACAACACCUACAGUAUCUGCAACUUCAUCGUCGACAUCAACAUUGUCUUCACAAUCAACAUCUUCUUUAUCGACAACAAAAGCUAAUCUAAACAAUGUGAUUAAUCAGCAGCAAUCGCAACAACAACACAAUACAGUGGCAUCGAUAAAGCAACAACAACAGCAACAACAUCAAACAAAUCAUACAAUUAUUACAAGUAGUAGUAUUAUCAGUAACAAUAAUACCACAAAUAGUGGUACUGCAAUUCUGCCAACAUCAAAUGGCACUACCAACAACAGCAACAGUAAUAACAACAACAAUAACAAUGCGCUAACAACUGUUCACAUUAAAACUGAACCAAAUACCAACAACACAAAUGGCAUACAGACCGCAUCGCCGGCUCAGGCUCUACGACAAAUACGUAUACAUCAUUUAAGUGGCAAUAUAGGCAACAGCAACGUUUCUACUGUAACCGGCACAACAUCGACCAGCAGCAGCACAAUGGUUGCAACCUCUCAUUCUUAUUCAGACGAUCAAAAACAUUCUACUCUUACCUCAAACUCGAAUUUCAAAUAUUUAGCACCCCUUGUGGCCGAAGUGCAUCCCGAGCAAUCCAAUAUAUCGGCAGCAACUGCUGCUGCCGCCUCAACCACUUAUAAAUCUCCUUCCACAUUGUCAUCAACCGCUUCGUUACCUACAUCAGUAUCAACGCCGUUUUGCGCAUCACAAUCUGCUUCGUCAACAGCCGCAGCGGCUACCGCUGUUAUACCUUCCACAUCCACUUAUGGUCCCGCAGUUACUCUACCAAUCAUACAGCAUGUAAAUGCGGCAAAUGGUGCAGUGAGUGCGGUUGUGGCGACGGCUGCGGCAUUACCGCCAUUGCGUUCCCAUCCUGGUGACUGGUCUAUUGAAGAAGUUAUACAAUUUAUAGAAAGCAAUGAUAGUUCGUUAGCUGUACACGGUGAUCUCUUCAGGAAGCAUGAAAUUGAUGGCAAAGCCUUGUUAUUGUUAACCUCCGAAAUGAUGAUGAAAUAUAUGGGUCUUAAACUUGGACCAGCCUUAAAAAUUUGCAAUUUAGUUAAUAAAGUUAAUGGGCGUCGUAACAAUAUGUCCCUGUAAAUAUUCCAUGAUAAAUCUCCAUUCCCUUUAUCCUUAUUAACACCUACCUACCCAACCAAUCUAAUUAUUAUAAAGAAAA